CUUGUAAGCAACUACUCAGAGUCUUAUAUUUAUAACAAUCAACUCUUUAAUGAAACUGCACACAGUGCUAAUGGUUUGUUGAUAAAGAUCUUAGGGUUAUUUUUGUCUAAAAAAUUGGAUAUAAAGUUUAGCUGUAUCUAUAUCAGGUAUGAUAAAGACACUCAUUAAAUGUUAAUUAAUUUGUUUUGUUUUUCUUUAUGAAUUAUUUCAAUGUAUUUCCAAAGCUCUCAUAUAGGGAACACCCACCAUUGUUUUAGCACAUGGUCGCUUAUAAGAGCUCAUUCUUGUGAGUAACCAGCUCUAGUUACGACCACUUUUUCAAAUUUCCGAGGUGGUUGCUUACAAGAGCUUGGACUGUUUUUAUAUAAUAGAUGAUAUGUUAAACAAGAUUGAGAGAGGCAUGGAUCUCAGGUUUAAUAUUAAUGCAUUUGCAGGCUGAUUUAUGAGUCAGAGAGGUUUAUCAAGGAGACCAGGAAGUAGCAAAAUGCCAUCCAAAGCGAGGUAAUUGGGGCAGAUAUUAACCCUCUUGACCCAACAAAUUUUUGCAAACUGUGCUCACUGUGGAAAAUACUUCAAUAAAUGCCCAUUAACCAUUAUUUUUUAAAAAUCAGUCCUGUUUCUUAAAAAUUAAAGCAAUCCUACUCAACAAGGUGUCUGUUCGGAAUUUGCAGAUGACGUUCCUCCAAGUCCCACCAAUUGAUGUGCUUCUUUGGAACAAUGAUGAUCCCCACAGGACAUGAUGCAAGGACAAGAGGAUACACCACAAGACAUUUUAAUAAUUAUAAUUUAGCUUUUCUUGUUUUUAUUACCUAAUCUUUAAAAACUGUGAGCAGACUUAAUGCUUCUUGGUCUUUGAGAAAAAGGGAACAAUGAUAGAGUAAACACCCAUGUUAGUGCCAACUUUAAAUAAUAACACAUCAAGUCAAGAUUGCAAUGUUAACAUGCGAAUUAAGUGUGUGCAUGUUCACAAGCGGGGUAAAUUAAUGUAUUUAAGAUGAAAUAAUAUGUUUAUAUAAGAAUUAAGUGGUUGCGUAAUAGCUAUCAUACAGUCAAGUGAUGUGUGUUUUAAGAGGAGAGUGGAGUACAUGUUAGUAAAAUAAUGAUAAGUGUAUUGAACCGGGAUAGCAACAUUUUUAUAAGAGUUAAGAGUGGGCGUGUACUACUGGUGGCAUGAAAUAUAUAUUGAGGAGGAAUUUUAAUGUUGAUAUAGAAAUUCAGGGAGGGCAAUAGUGAUGAAUGUAUGAACUGACAUUGUAAUGUUUAUAUGAGAAUUAAGAAUGCGCAAGUGGUAUUAAACAAAUUAGUGGUUUAUUAAAGGGGGAUUUUGAUGUUUGCUUAUGCGCAAUCUAAGCUGGGUACGCCCAAGUUACUGAACUAGUGAUGAAUUUUUAAAGAGGGUAUUGUAAUGUUUUGCGCCAAGAAUAUUGAUAUUGAGUUAUUGUGGGUGUUUUUUAAACAGUGAUUACGCUGUUAACGGAAGAUUGUAAAGUUUGUACAAGAGUUUACAAUGAGAGAUUUCAGCAGAUAUUUAACUAAAGAUAAUUGCAUGAAGAAGGGUUUGCGGUGUUUAUAUGAGUAUUAUCACUUAUGACUGCGCGUGUUUAUGAAAUAGUGACGGAUAUUUUAAGGGGGAAUUGUAUGUUUAUAGUAGAAUCCUGUGUGUGCUCAAUCUAGUGAUUAAUAUGUUAAGAAGGUAUUUUGGGACACUUGUGUAUGAACUGUGAUCGAGUUUGCAUAUGUUAGUAAUCAAUUGAUUAAUCUAUUAAGCAGGGGUUGUCAUACGAAUUUAAAGUUCAUGUGAGAUGGCAAUAAUAGCUAUAAGGAGUUAUUGAAAUGUUUAUAUUUGAGGAUUGCGAAUGCACGCGUGUUUUUAAAGUAUGUUAUUUAAUGUAUUAAUUGAGACUGAAAUGUUUAUAUGAGAAUCUAGUGUGCGCGCAUGUUUUAAAACUAGUGUUAAUAUAAUACUACUUAAGAAUACUGUUAAAAAGGGAAAUGUAAUGUUUAUAGAUGUAAGAAAGUUUGUUAUGUUUAAAAGAAUUAAAGGUUGUGAAUGUUAUUAACUGAAGAGAAUUAAGAGCACGCGUGUUAUUGAAAUAGUGAUAAAUGUAUUAAGAGUGAUCGCGGUGAUACUGACAAUUUUUUAUUGUGAGUGCGUGUGUACUAUCAAACAAGUGAUAAUGUAUUGCGAUCAUUUUUGUAUAUACGGGGUUUUCACUGUUUCGUCACGAAUUAAAAGAACGCGCAUGUUUGGAAUAGACUAAUACAUGCGUAUAGAGUGGUGCAAAUGUUUAUAUAAUUAUAUAGGAUAUUUGAAUGUUGUUUAACUCUUGAUAAAUGUUUUAAGGAGGGUUAAAAUAUUUAAAUAUGUUAAUGGGGAUUGAAAUGUUUGUAUAAGAAUGAAAGAGCGCAUGUUGUAAAUCUGGUUGUUAAUGUCUUGUCAUUCUCUAAGGUGGAUUGUGCGAUGCUCAUGUAAGAAUUAAGAGAGGGUGUGUUAUUUAUUUGGUGAUUAGUUUACUACGAGGGUAUUGAAAUACUUAUGAAUUAAGAGUGCGCGUAUUUUAUUAAUCUGCUAAUUAACUUACUACGAGAGUUCUGCAAUGCUUAUGUAAGAAGUAAGAGAGUGCAUGUUGUUAGUCUAGGGACUAAUUUACUAAGAGUAGUCGCAAUGACUAUGUAAUAAUUAAAAGGUUAUUAAAUUUAAUAAUGGGGAUUGCAAUGUAUAUAUAAUAAUUGCAAGUGUGCGCGUGGUUUCCAAAAAGUGUUUGAUGUCUGUUAAGAGGUUAUUGCAAUAUUUAUGGCUAUAAACUUACGAAUUAUGUAUUGCGGAUAUGGAGCCUUGUCAAGGGUGAAUCAGAAUUGUCAUUUUCAUGUUAAAAUUAAAUGUGCGCAUGUGUUAUUAAACCGCAGAUAAAUGCAUUGUGUGUGCAUGUGUUAUUAAACUGCAAAUAAAUGCAUCGAGGAGGAAUUGCAAUAUUUACCGAAAGAAUUAAAAGUGUACAUGGACUAUCAAAAAAUAAAUUUACGUUUAAACGAACAUUGCAGUGUUUUUUUUAAUUAUGAGUGGGCGCUUAUUAUUUAUCUUAUGAAAAUACGAGUGCGCAUUCGUGAUCAAGAAUGCAAUCAUUUUAUGAAUGAGCGAUUUAGAUGUUCGCACAUGGAUAAGAAUAAUUGCUGUGCUUGUUUUAGCCUUUGGUGAGUGGGGAGUGGAGAGUGUUAGAUAUCUGAAAGUAAAUGUUGGAAACGAAUGAACUGUCUUUCUCAAACGUGAGGUGGAUUAUUUAGAAGAGAUUACAUGUUAACAACGGUAUCAUGAAUAGACCGCAAAGCGUGCGUUUUAUCAAACAAGUUAGUGUUUGCGUGAAAUUAAUAUGCCUAUAAUAAAGAUAUGAAGCGCUAGCGGAUAUGUUAUAUCAAACAAUUAUUAGAUGAUUCAUAGAGGGAUGGGAAUACGUUAUUGUAUAUCGGUGUUAGUUAAGAGUGCAAUUUUUGCGUUAAAAAAAUUGUAAAAUGCAUGCAAAGAUGUUAAGGUUCAUUAAACAAAUAUAUCAAGGCAAAUUAUGUUUACAUCAUAUAGACUUCAGUCAAAUGUAUCUACCAACAUUAUAAAACCGAGACGUUGAAUUGACAGAUAUCAUUAAAUGUAUAUUUAGAAGGUGGUUUGUCUUAUUGUAUUAAUGUAACUAAGAAAUGAAGUUCGAAGAAAUGUCCCCGUUUAUAGGAGAUAAUCCGUGAAGUACGAUUAACUAUAUAUAAUGAUUGUAAUAAUUUAGAAUUCGCGCUUGUUUAAAAAAAUUGAAAUAAAAGGAGACAGGAUUUACUGAAGCAAACCGGAUUGUGGAAUUGAACGUAAUAGUGUAUUUACAGUAUGUCAUUCUUGGAAACUGAAAUGUCAUUCGUUUAAUGAGUGUCCGUGUCAGCAAAUUUAGACACGAUUAAUAGCAGAUCAGAUCUAAAAUGUCUGUAAGUUAUCUAUAUGAAAUGUGUGGUGGUGGGUAGACCAGAAGCAUAGGGCGAUAAUAGAGGAAAUGUAACACCUUGUCGCUAAGAAGAAGAAAUAAAACAAUUUUCAAUAGGCUUACUUUGGUAACAGUCGAUUAAAUAAUUAAUUAGACUGUUUAUCACGGGAACUGGAAAUCAAGGUGGAGACGGGUUGGGUACCUCGUUCUCGCGGCUUCAACCUGGGAAAAUGGGAGGUGCAGGAAAAGGGUUGGGGACGACGCUGACAAGUUUAAAAUCCGGAUAAAAUUGAAAGCUAAUAAAAGCUUUCGACCUCAACCGACGUCUCAGUCAUUUCUGCCCCAGCGAAUGUCGUGCCCAGCGCGUAACGUGCUAAGAUUAUGUCAUUGCUUAGAGGCUCUGGGACCUACCACCCACCACACCCCUCCCGUCCCGGUUCUGCCAGACAGAUGAACCUACACAAGUCUGUGAGCCAGUAUAGAUUAUACGUUACACUUCAAUAACUGAACUUGCUUCCCCACAAGAGCAUCGAACUAAACAAACUGUUACUCGCCAACUGAGGUAGAGGAAAGGGCAAAUCUUCGACGCUGAAUUAAGUAUUACAGCAAGAGUACACUACAUAAUGUUUUUGUUACUGGUAAUGUUGUUGUUUGUUUGUUUGUUUGUUUUUGAAAGAGCACUUAAGCCUAUGCGUUAACGGCUUAAUACUGUCGACGAAAGAACGAUUAAAAAUUAUUGUAAACGGACUUUAGAGUAGACAAGUUGAUGAAUAGAUCGUUCUCGUGUGGACAGCAGCCCUAAACGAAUUUAAAGUUCGAAUGCGUUUAAGUCAAAUUUCGUUUUGUAUUAAUGCUUAAAAGAGAAAUUAUAAUUUUCGAAAGUAGUGCUAAACAGAUUUCAUCGCAGAAUUUAGUACACAGUCUCGAAAGUUAGAACUACAUACUAGAUAUUCAGUUCCAUGUAAAAGUUCUACUAAACUAAGAGGUUUCAUUUGAAUGGUAACAUCAAAAGAUUUCAUCCACAGACUCAAAAGUUAGAACCAGAUACUAAAUAAAGAGUACCAUGUGAAAGUACUGCUGAAGAGGUUUCAUUUGAAUGGUAACAUCAUAAGUUUUCAUGCACAGACUCAAACGUUAGAACUACAUACUAAAUAAGCAACACCAUGUGAAAGUACUGCUAAAGACGUUUCCUUUGAAUGGUCACACCAUUGUAUUUUAUCCACAGACUCAAACGUUAGAACCACCUGCAAUACUCCGUCGUUUACUUUGGUAAUAAAAUAAAUCAUUGCUCGGAAGAAAGCAGAUCCGUUUCUCCGCAGGAUAAAGAUUUCUACCCACCUUUUUAAUUAGUCGCUGGUUAUCAAGUAUUACGCCCUUGUCUUGUCUUGGGAAAGUGCGCGGGUAUUGAAUGAUGAGUGCAGGACUAUGUUUGAUUAAAACUUUCUCCCUGAAAUUUUUCGAGAAACAAAUCCGGAAGGUUCUUGUAAAAUUUCUAAAGCGCGUGCAAAAUUUCGUUUCGCUGAUUGGACUAAACUAACGCACGUGCUUGCACGUGCACUAAAUUUGUUUUUCACUUUUUGACAAAACUUAAAACAGAAACGUUAAUCACGGGGGGGAAGCACAUGAAGUAAAAUAAGCGAAAAGGAGCGAAAUGGUACUUUAUGCAAGAGCCAUUUACGGGAAUACAAAGAGAACAAAGUGAAAGAAUGUGUGUGAGUAUACAAAAACAAGUCCGGCGGUAUAUACGGCCCUGUGCAAUGGAAACUCAAGUAUGUGACUUUUAACGUCGUUUCCAGCUUCUUUCGUUCUUCUUCAGAGACGUAGAUAAGGAAAUCAAGACCCUGGGAACGAGAUGGAAGAGUCUUGUUAUA